AUGGCGGAGAACGGCUCUGUCUUCGCGGUGCGCCACCGGUCCCGGUGGCUUAUUUGGUGCGUUAUUUUUCAACUGUUUCUCUUUGGCCUGGAAAUAUACAACUUCUGCAACCGUCGAACUCUCCAGCCAAGUGAGUGGGACAUAGCUGAGCUCCAGCUGAACCACACAGAUGAAAUGGGACUACGACAGGACCCCAGGCUGCACUGGCAGGGGCACCCAGCACUAGGUCGCUCUUUCCUGCAUGGACCAAAGCUGGACAACGGACAACUGCGGAUCCAUCGUGAUGGUAUCUAUAGGCUCCACAUCCAAGUGACACUAACCAACUGCUCCUCCUUCAUGAAGAACACUAUGUCCCGCAGGGCCACCGUGGCUGUGGGCAUCUGCUCCCCGGCCACCCACAGCAUUAGCCUGCUGCGUCUCAACUUCCACCUAAGUUGUAUUGUGGCCUCCCAGCGCCUGACACCCUUAGCCCACGGGGACACUCUCUGUGUCAACCUCACUCUGCCACUACUGCCAUCCCAAAAUGCUGAUGAGACUUUCUUUGGGGUUCAGUGGGUGCACCCCUGA